AUCAAGUCUGCUGAAAAAAAUUGUGUGUAGUUACAAAAUAAUUUAAUUAAAAUUAAAUGUACAUUAUACUUGGCGUUGGUGGACGAACAUGAUAGUAAACGGUAAGGUCAAUUCAAGAAAUAAACAGCUAUAUUUUCAAUUUUAGAAAGGAACACUGUUCAUUGCGAUUAAAUAUGACUACACACAAUCAUUGGAUAAGAUUAGCGAAUCAUGUGAAGACUAACAGCAUUACGGCAAAUAACAAUGAGAAAAAUCGGCUCAGUGGGUCAAAGCUGUUGGCUGACAUGAGAAAUGGUGAAAACCUUUCCAAAUGGGAACCAGAACUCUGUAUAAAAAUGUUACAGUUACCUGGCGUCAAUAAUUAUUUGGCGAUCAAAAAAUUGGUUAACGAAGCUGACAAGAAAUGGAUAGAAGAAUUCCUGCAGAGAGAUGGCCUGGGCACGUUGUUGAGCAGCUUGGGUGCGGCGAGCGGAAAAUCUCUUGUGGAUACAAUGGACCAGUUACAGUGCGUCGAAUGUCUGCGUGCCGUCGUCAGGUCCCGGACUGGAUUGAAAUACAUUUCCACUCAUCUAGAAUACUCGUCGUACUUGGCUUCAGUACUUGUAUGCAAUAAUACAACCGUAAAGCUCCAAGUAUACGAACUGUUGUGCGCGCUAUGCGUGUUCUCCGUGGAUGGAAUGAUUUUCGUGAAGUCUGUCUUGUCGCACAUCAAGUUGAAACAAGAGUUGCGACAUGAUUACGAAAUCGUAGUGAUGGAACUACAACUGGCAGACACAUUCGCUUAUCAAACAACUCUUAUGGCUUUCGUCAACUGUCUAAUACUCGUUGAACAAAAUCCGAGGAAAAGAACGUGCAUCAGAAACGAACUGAUUGCUCUUGGACUACGGACGGCCAUCAAAAACAUGGAGGGUUAUGAAGAUGAUGCAUUACAAAUACAAAUCACCGUGUUCGAAGAGCAUCAGUUGGCCGACGAAAAUCAAAUACCUCAAAAAUCGCAUCAACAGCUAUUUAACGAGUUACGGUCUAAGAUAUCAAACACGUUAUACGACUCGUAUUUACAAAACAUUUUGCUGCAUAUGUCAGAAAUGGAUUACAGCGAAACAAAAAUAAAUGAUAUUUGGAAUUUGAUCAACGAAAUCAUUUGUAAUGAUCCACAAGCAAUAUUGGAUAUAUAUCGAAAAACAUCAAAAACGCAUUCUACGGGGUCUCAAACUGACGAGAAAAGACUUAUUAAAGGUUUAUCUCUGAAUACCCGACGUUGUAGCUUAAAUAUACCAAAAGAUAAACGAACCACUAUUAAACUUAAAAGACCGUCACUACCCGCGCUUCCAGUCGUCAACAAAUUAGACGAACACACUAAUUUUAACGGGCGCCAUACUAAAAACCCUAUUAAAUGUUCUAUAUUUACUCAGACAGAACGUGCGUGUUAUUGUGACGGUAUUGGACUUGCUGAAGUUGACUCUAAUUCCGAGCUGAAUAAUAACAGUCCAAAUUUAUUGGACGUGAACUAUAUAAAAAAUGAUGCUUGUAAAUCUCUGGAAUUAUCAUGUGGAAGCAGUACAGUAGUACCACCUCCGCCAUUUCUGUCGAACAUUUCAGGAAUUCCGCCUCCUCCGCCACUUCCAAUUUCAGCUGGAAUUCCAUCACCCCUACCCCCACCCCCAACACCGCCACCACCAUCAUCAUCAUCAUCACAAAAAAUUCCACCACCGCCACCACUUCCAUCAACAGGAAUAUUACAACCACCACCACCACCACCACCACUUCCAUCAACAGGAAUAUCACAACCACCACCUCCACCACCGCCACCUUUACCUGUUAUGGCACCACCACCACCUCCUCCCUUUACUGGAUUGAAGUCCCCAGAACUAAUUUUAAUACCAGAAAAAGCACCUCAAUUAUCUACAACAUUGAUAUCAUCAAUGGAGUUUUUGGGACUUGGUAAAACUAUUACGAAUAUUACUGAUGGUCAUCGGACAGUACCUACAAGAAGAACGAGUAACAAUAUUAAAUACUACUCGUUACCAAAAACAAAAAUGAAGACUUUGAAUUGGACCAAGGUCAAUAACCAAUAUUUAGACAAGUCGGUUUGGUCGUCGGCGGAUCCUCCUAACUUAAAUAUAAACUUCAAGAAAAUUGACGAAUUAUUUUGUCAAAAACCCAGAGCAAAAUCUUCACCUGCUGUAUUGUCACCAAAUGGUGUUUCUAAAGUGAACGUUGUGAAUAUAUUGGACAAUAAUCGGAGCUUAGCAAUUAACAUAAUGUUGAAACAGUUCAAAUCCGGUUCGCAUGAAAUUUUAGAAGCGCUUCAAAGUGGACAGUCGAUUCCUCUUGAGAAACUAAAAGGCCUUCAACGAGUUUUGCCAACAGACGAAGAGAUAAAAUUGAUAAAAAAGAAAGAUGUUGACUUGUCUACUGUUGGAUCUGCGGAGCAGUUUUGUCUACAACUCAAUAGCAUAUCCAACUAUCAAUUGAGAAUAAAACUCAUGAUUGAAAAAGAAGAAUUACCUGCUAUAGUGUCGGAAAUACAAAGUCAACUAGAAAGUGUCAAAAAAAUGUGCGAUGACCUAAUAAAUAAUCAGCCGUUUAAGCAAUUUCUGUCGCUAGUGCUGUUUAUCGGAAAUUACCUAAAUGCUGGAAGCUAUGCCGGAAAUGCGAGUGGAUUCACUUUGGACACGUUGCCUAAAUUGCUUGAUACCAGAGCCAACAAACCUAGAGUGACUUUUCUUCAUUUCGUAGUCGAAGUGGCGCAGACGAACAAAAUUGAUGACAUACUGAGUUUCACUAAGUACACCGAGGCACUUAGGAAUCUAUCCAGGAUAUCUUUUUUGUCAUUGGAAGACGAAAUAAACAUCAAAACGAAACAGAUCAGAAGUUUGCAUCUACAAUUGUCAAAACAAACGAAAAAACAGAUAUGUGAUCAAUUCUCAGAUUUUAUGAAACAAGCUAUCAUUGAUAUCGAAACUCUAAACAAGGAGUACAAAAGUGCAACGGAGGUAAUUCAAAGAGUAGCUGUUUAUUUCGGUGAGGACGUUAACAAAUUUAAAAUUGAAGAAUGCUUUGCUUUAUUGGGAAAUUUUUUUGAGCGCAUUGACGUUGUUGCUAAGGAAAACAUAAAUCGCAAAAUUCAAGAAAAAAAAAAUAAAACACUCGCUGCGGAAUUGGAAAAGGAAAAGGACAUCCCAAACGUUAAGAAGCGCGCACGAGGGUCUAUGAUACCCAAAGAUGAAGAAGUAUGCAUAGUGGAUUUGGUGUUGCGAGACAUUAGGAGAGGAUCUUUUAAUUUAAGAAGUGUGAAACCUGAAAGCGAAAAGCACAUCUAAUAUAGCAUUCCAAAUAUUUGAAUGCUUUAUAGUGAAGCACGUGCAUAUUUCACUCCAUUUAUGUUAUAAUAUAUCAUAAAUAAUUCCAGGAAGUUGAUUUUGUACAACUAUCACAAAUACUAAAAUACUGAAUCAUAAGACUUUCCAUCAAAAACUAUUCAAAAGUGUCAAUUUUAGUAAAUAUUAUCAUAAAAAACAUUAUAGUCGUAAUUUUGGUC